CAGUGGUUAUGCUUUUCAGCCUGAAAAAAAAUUAGCUGUAUAAAUUUUUCCAUUCCCCGUCCCUUCCCCACCUACUUAUGUUACCAUCAUUUGCGUUUUAAAGGAGUGACCCCUCAAAAAGAAAAUGAUGGUAACCUAUACAUUAACACGUAAACAACACACAUUAAGCAUUACCUGUCCAUGAGCAGAUGUCCACCAUCCCAUAGCUCUGCUUCUGUUGACUGGGUGCUCAGACACAUCCUUUAUUCUGUAGGGUAGAGACAUACACAAUUACUUUAUACUGCAGAACCAAACAUAUUAGUGUAAAUAAUAGAUAAUACAUGUCCUGAAGAAUGUUUACAGAUAAAGAUUUGAAUAAGUGUUAUUAAAACUGUGCAAGGAGUAUGUUAUUGUUCAGUAAUGCUGUAUAUAUAAUAAUCUUCAAUCUUUUUGCUCAUAUGCUGUCAUUGCCUUCUACCUGUCUGUCAACUAAAUCUUAUGCCAAAUAACAUGAAAAUGCAAACUUAAUCAACAAAUCUGAGUGUAAGAUUUUGCCACCAUCACUGGGCUUCAUUGGUCUGAAACAGACAUUCUUGCAAGACUUGUCACCAAUCAGAUUUAUGACCACAGAUGUAGCACCUAGAUGAAGAAGAUGAAGAAAUGUCAGUUGUGGGCGUUUUGUGUCCUUAAUUUGGGGGAUGAAAAGGAACACCUGUCAAGCAGCAAAUCCUGUCAGCAAACAAAACCGACACCUCUAGGCAAACAAAUCCGACAAAAACUAGGUCUCCUCUCUGCGGCAGAAGGACAGUCUCUGUUGUGUUUGUUGUGCUCGCGGUGUGUCUGCGCAUCUCUCACCUGCUGCUCCUCCAGACACUUCUUCACACUCAGAUCUGCUGGAAAGACUUUCUUUAUUGUAACGCUGCUCUCUUGUGACACACUGGAAUAUGAAACAUCAGCAUCAGCAGCGCAGCAGAAUAAAGGAUGUCGAAAGCAGAGUUCUGGCACAUGUGGACAGACAUUUGCUUUAAUAACAGAAAUCUGGUCAUGGACAGGUCCGCCUCUCUUAUCUCCCCCUCUCUAUGGCCUUCCUCUCUCAUCCCCACCUCAGCCUUCAUCUCUUGGCCAUCUUACCGCCCCAGUGUGUGCAUCUACAGCAAGUGAACCGGGCUGAACCAGCGCUGCUUAAAACAAGAGAACAUCAAGCAGGAGUGACACUGUUUAAAUAGAUCGGGCUCCCCAGGACAAGGCGGAAAGAAAAACAUGCCUCUUUUGUCAAAGCCAGACAAAGCCCCACAGACCUUAAAGUGGGCAAUUCAAAAUUCUGAAGGCUGGACUUCUGCUUUCCAGCCUGUCUUCUCUGAUCUCCAGUCAUCCGAGAGGCUUCUGCCAGCCUGCUAGCUGUCAAAGUAGCCCUGGAAUCAAACGCCACUCCAUGCUCAGCUAUGAUCAAAGGAACACAGCAUUAGGAAUCCACAAUGUUCCAGUCAUUCUCCACUGUUCAAUCGGACCCUGCGACUAAUUUAGCAAACCAGCAGAACCAGUGGGUCCCGGGACCCUCGUUCUUCUCCUGCCCCUACACCUACAACACCAAAUCAAACCCAGGCCCCUACCACAGCAGUCAGCCCUCCACCUGGCCCCGAUGGGAGGUAUG